AUUCAAGGCCCUCUGCUGGAGACCUACAAAGGGACAUUGGAAGAAGGAAGAUUCACCUUUCAACUGCUUGCCCUUACUUGCCAGGACAUCUGUUGGAACCUACUUCUACAGAAGGCUAGAAUUAACAACUAGCCUCGUGGGACUGAGCAACUACUAGACUCUUGGACUUCCCAGGUACAGCUGCCCGUUGUUGGGUUAGUUGGACUAUAGACUGUAAGUCAUCAAAAUAAACUCCCUUAAUAUAUAGAGACAUUCCCUAAGUUCUGUGACUCUAGAGAACCCUGACUAAUACACCCACCAUGUGGUAAAAAUAAUGACAUGGAGGCCUUUAAACAUGGUUUAAAGAUGAGACCUUUUAACUAGGCAGCCUCCCAGCCAGCUAUCUAGCUUUACCUGACUAAUCCUGGUAUGCACCAUGUGGCUGGCUCUACCUUUCUGCUCUGUUCUGGUCCAACUGCUCACCUCUAUAUCUGCAGGCAAAUCUCUUGCACCCGAUUUCUUCUCCCAGCGUCUCUUCCUCUCCAAGAGUUCUGGCCUCCACUUCCUGCUCCACUAUUGGCUGUCAGGUCUUUAUUACAGCCAAUCAGUAGUGAGACAAUCUCUGAUAUAUUCUAGAUUGCCUCAGGCAGGUGAGGAAGAACAAAUAUUUACAAAGUAGAAAAGCCACUAAUGAGCCACAGAAAUGGCAAUACCAGAAUCCUGCAAGUAUUUGGCUCUCUGCCAGCUAAUCAGCCAUUGAAUAUACAGAGAUGCACCUUCACACAAUGUACCCCAACACACACACAUAAAAUAAAGUGAAAGAAAUCUAAAAAAAAAAUUUGUAAUGUGGUAGCAUACUCCUUUAAUACCAACACUUGAAAGACAGGUGCGGAUUUCUGAGCUCCAGGCCAGCCUGGUUUACAGAUCAAAUUCUAGAACAGCCUGGGAGACACAGAGAAACACUGUCUCACAAAAAUAAAUGAAUAAAAUAAAAUAAAAAGAAAGAAACAACGUAUUUUCUGUGACCCAGGUUGUUUCUUCUCCUUUCUCAGAUUCCUCCUAUUCUUAGAUUUGUUCUCUUCAUUGUGUCCGAGAUUUCCUGGAUGUUUUGUGACUGAUAAUUUUUUUUGAUUUAACAUUUUCUUUGAGGUAUCCAUUUCUUCUAUUUUUGUGGGAUAUUCACUAGAAAAGACUGUUCAAACAUGGGUUUAAACCCAUAGAAAGUCAGGGUUGGGGAUUUAGCUCAGUGGUAGAGCGCUUGCCCAGCAAGCGCAAGGCCCUGGGUUCGGUCCCCAGCUCCGAAAAAAAGAAAAGAAAAAAAAAAAAAAAACCCUUAGAAAGUCUUUGUCAUUGGGCUGGAAACUACACUAGGUGCUCUUGUUAUCUCAAUAUAGCUGUGAGCAUUUCUCAGCAUAAACUUUUUUUUGUUUUGUUUUUUCUUUUAUCUAGACAGGGUUUCUCCAUGUAGCCCUGGCUGCUUUGGAACUCUCUCUGUAGUCCAGGCUGAGCUCAAACUCCACCUGUCUCUGCCUCCCAAGUGCUGGGAUUAAAGGCAUGUGCCACCCCCACCUGACCUCAGCAUGUACUUUUAAGCUCAAAAAACAUGUUCUGUGUUGACACACUCCAGUAACAAGAACAGUUAGUCAGAAGCAGAACUAUAGAAGCCAAAGGCAAGGUUAGUUGUAGUAGUAGCCAAUUAAUCUCUACUCAAAUUGACCCCAGCAGCAGAGGCACACGUUCCUUACUACCUGCCCCAAUGUUCUAGGCUCCCACAUGAAAACACACACAUUCAGCCUUAAUAUUGUAAUACGCCUUAAACAGCUCAAUGGUUGGGCCACUUCCUAACCUCUAUGUGGCUGACAUACUUCCCAAUAAUCCCAACUCAUCACUUACUAAAACCUAUAUUCUAUCUUGGCUGCCCCGACCCAGACCUGCAGCCCUCAUGGGCCACGACCCCCAGCUCUUACAUGUUGACUGUCUCUCUCUCUGACCUGCCUUGUCAGGCAUGGCAGCUACUCCUUUCUAGCAUGGCUCUCCUUCCUCCUCCCUUGAUCCCUUGCCUAGGAAUCCUAAAAGUUCCACCUCUGUCUCCCUGCCCAGCCAUUGGCUGCUAGCAACUUCAUUUACCAAUCAAAACCAACUGGGAGCAAGGCCCCUCAGUGUUUUACAUGCAGAUUCUCGUGCAAUUUUGGGGACUCAUUAACAUAAUACAAGCAUUAGAUCAACUCACAGCAGUUAGUACAUUCAGAGACUGUCCCAGAACUAUGGACUUUGACGGAUUAGGUCUUUCUUUUCAUUUUUUUGGCUGGUGGUGCUGUCUACAUGCUGAGUUCCACAACCUGAAUGGUACUUCAUCAUGUAUGUAAUCAGCUAUGCUAAGAUGGGCCUUAUGAUACUAUCAUGUCUUCAAUGCUUAAGAUUUUCGCUAGGCGCUUCUCUCCCUCAUGACACUGAUAUAGGCCAUAUUAGACCAGACUAAAAGUAGAUAAAGGCAGGUUUAUUAGGAGGCAGCUCUCAGUGGCUUACCUGAUCUCACAGGUGGAGAUCGGUGACAUCAUACAUCUGGGCUAAAGCAACGGGGUUUUACAGAGUUUAAGCAAGGAGUGGUGACAUGUAAACUAGGAGCUGGGAUGUGUCCAUACAUGGUCAAAGCUGAGCCCCUGGGCAGGCAUUCUUGGGUGGGUUGCUGGAAAUGCAGAGAUGAGGAGUUCACGUUAGCCCAAAGUAGUUUUCCAAGCAAAUGAGGGCAUUUCCUCUGUGUGGGUGGGGUUGGGGGGGAGGAGGGCAGAUGGGGUUUCCCAGCUUGUGCCGGAGAUGAGCAGGGGUUCCAGUCUAACAGUUCUGUCUUCCAUCUCUUGUACUAUGUUGGUGAAGCUUUCCUGUUCAAACCCGUAAAUGUUCAUUUCCUGAUUUCCCGGAGUUCGAGUUUUCUUUAUUGGUUGUACUUCCACUUUCUGGUCUUGAACUGUUCUGUUUGUUUCCUUCCAGUUUGUUCUGUUUUCUUAGAUUUCUUUAAGAGAUUUAUCCAUUUCUUCUUUAAGAAUCUCUAGCAUACUCAUAAGGGCUAUUUUAAGGUCUUUCUCUUGUGUCUCAGUUAUGUUGCCAUUUUCUGAGCCAGCUGUGGUAGGGGGGCUGGGCUCUGGUGAGACAGACUGCCCUGGUUGUCAUUGUUUUUCUAUGAUCAUGUCUAGGCAUUUACACUUGAGGAAACUGUAAAUCUAGACACUGAUAUCAGGUCUUGUCUUUGUUGGGUGGCUAUUUUAUUCCUUGGUUUCUGUUGCUCCCUCUGGUUCUUAGAAGGUUGUGUAUCUAUGCUGUUGCUGGUAGGGACAGAGAGUGAGGAAAGGCCACAACAGGUUGUCUGCUACAGAGCUGGGGCUGAGACUGGGAGAAUGGAGUUGGAGGCCAGGAAGAAGAGAUGGACACGGCCUAACUGCUUCCCUCUUCUAUUGUUUUUAAAAUACAGUCCCAUGUAGUUCAUAUUGACCUCAAACUCGCUAUUUUGCUGAGGGUGAUGCUGAACUUCUGAACUGUCCUGCCUCUCUACCUCCCUAAUGCUAGACUUAAUUCUUCAUUGACAUGGUUUUGGGUUUUGUUUGGUUUUGGUGGUUAUGGUAGUCUUUUUUUUUUUAAGAUUUAUUUAUUUAUUUUGUAUAUGAGUACACUGUAGCUGUCUUCAGACACACCAGAAGAGGGCAUCGGAUCCUAUUACAGAUGGUUGUGAACCACCAUGCACCAUGUAGUUGCUGGGAAUUGAACUCAGGACCUCUGGAAGAGCAGUCAGUGCUCUUAACCACUGAGCCAUCUCUCCAGCCCUUGAUUUUUUUUUUCAAAUUUUGGGAUAGGGUUUUACCCUAUAGCUCAGGCUGUUUUAGAACUCACUAUAUAACCCAAGAUAGUUCCAAACACAGCAAUCCUCCUGCCUCCAUCUACCAAGUACUUAAAUUAUGGAAAUAAGCCGAGAGCUUGCACUGCUUCUGUUGCUGUCUGUCUUUCUUUCUUUCUUUCUUUCUUUCUUUCUUUCUUUCUUUCUUUCAUUUCUUUUUUCUUUUCUUUUUCUUUUUUUCUUCUUUUUUCUUGAGAGUCUUAUGUAACUGGGGCUGGCCUCAUCAUGAUGACCUUAGAAUCUUGAUUGUCCUGCCACCGUCUUCCAAGUGCUAGAAUUACAGGCCUGAGCUACUAAGCACUUGGGUUAGAGGGGGACUGUUUUUGAGGCAGGGUCUUGCUAUGUAACUCAGGCUAGACCAGAACAUCCAGUUCUCCUGCUUCAGCUUUCCAAGUGGAAUCUUAUACAUCCCUACACCACUGCAACUGCUAGCAUAUUUGAUUUUAAAGGAAACUAAUGGUUUUGUUUAUUUUUUGAGACAGUGACUUGCUAUGUAGCUCUGGCUGGCCUAGAACUUGUAAUGUAGACCAGGCUUGUAAAAGUAACUUUUAUCUCCUUAGAUGAAGGGAUGAGAUUAAAGCUGUACCCAAGCUGUGCCUGUAUACUGCUUGGGAUAAGCCAGAGUAUUUCUUUCUCUGUUCUCCUUAGGCUUAGGCUGAAAGCUUCUAGUCUUUGUACAAUCUGAUCUUCCAAGCUAACUGAUUCAAUCUGGCUUCUCUUGGCUCAAUUGCUCUGCUUGGAUAAACUGUCUCUGAAUUCCACAAACUGAACUUCACUGACCACACAAACUGAAUGGAACCGCACAAACUCAGCUACAUUCAACUGAACUGCACCAACUGCACUGAACUCAUCUGAAUUCAACUGCAUUGCCUGAACUCAACUGCACUCACAGAACUAACUCAACUCUCUGCUCUCUCUACGCUGCUCUUAAGUAGCCUCUCUUUCCUGUGCUAUUCUGUGAGAGUUGGACAUAUCCUAUCUCUGACUCGUUCUGUCAAAUCUUUCUCUGAUCCAUCACUUUGCCUCUCAAUGAGAUGUCACUUUCAAACAUAGCUGCUCCCUUCUACAAACCUUCUCUACAUUGUUGGGGAUUAAAGGUGUAAACUAAGGGAAUGUUGUAUCCAGCCAUAGGGAUUAAAGAUGUGUAAUUCCAGCCAGAUCACACAGACCUAGGUGUAGCAUGACUUAUUUUGUGUGUAUGACCCUUUAAAGGACCUUAUACCCUUCACUGUCAUUUGCCUCAGAAUUCUGAUAACAGGAGAGGUUAUAAAAAGCCAGCAGGGGCUGAGAGCUGGGAGUAGGAUUCAGAAAUAGGAUUCAGGGAUAGCAGAGAGAAGGUUCCAGUAGGCAGAAAAAUAGGGUCAGGGAGCUAAGUGAGAAGAGAAGACAGUUGGUGACAGUUGAGACAGAAGAAGCAGAGCUGAACAGAGAAGAUAUUAUAAGGAGGCAGGAGAAAAAUCCAUGAAGAUCCCACAAACAAAAUUGGCAAAUACACAGAAAAAAAAUAGAAUAAAACUUACACCUAGGUCUUUGGAUGUGAUCCCUUACCAUGUUGCUUGAUUGAAAUUCCUCUACAAGGCUAGCCUGUAGCUCAGAGGAAAUCUGCUUGCCUCAGUCUCCCAUUGCUUACAUUAGAGGCACUAUCAGCUAGACUUGGCUUUCAUGUGGGUGCUGAGGCUGUAAACUAACUUAGUUUACUAACCUCUGGCUUUCACAGCAAAUACAAUGUAGUCCCUAAGCGGUAUCCUGCAAAAUAUGUCAAAGCGGCAGUCAGCCCCAGCCACAAUAAAAUGCCCUCGCAGGAGCUGUCAAAAAUGGCAGCUCCUGUCAAAAUGGCGGCCAGGAGGGGGACUUCUCAGCCUGCAGCCAUCAUAGGAGCUGUCCACCUGGAUGCAUCUCCUCCUACCUCUCCUAAGCAGGAGCUGUCCACGGUGGCAAUACCUUUCCUGCCUCAGCCUACAGCCUCGGUGAAACAUCACCGCGAGAGCCGCCCGGAGUAGCAGCACCUCUCCAGCCUCCCCAGCAGCCCCAACAGAGAUGGCACCUUAGCAAAAGCCGGCUGUGGCCAGGAAGGACUUCCUACCCUAACUCAUGGGCUGGAUGCAGGAAAAAAGGGAGUGGGGGGGGGGGGAAGCCAACAAUCUCUAAGCAAGAAAACCCACCAAUCCCUGGACUUCCCACAAAACCCCACCAAUCCUUGAACGGGAAAACCCACCAACCUCUGAGCUCCCUAAGGUCAUAACUUGAAAUCCUACCAAUCCUAAACCUGGAAAUCUCUGCCCUGAAAAGCUCCACCCCCUAAGAAAUCCUAUAUAAGUUCUGCCCUCUAAUUAAUUCACUGUUGUCUGUUCCUGAGAGCAGAGGGCAGUCAUCGCUGGAUUUGUCCCUCCACACCCUGGACCCUCCAAUAAAUCUCUUUCAUGAGAUUUUAGAGGCGGGAGCAUGUCAGCACCCAGGCAGGCAUAGUGGAGAAAGAACUUAGAAUUCAACAUCAUGUUCUGAAAGGAAACAGGAGAAAACUGGCUUCCAGUGACACACUGCCUUCAGAAAGGCCAUACCUAUUCCAACAAAACCAUACCUCCAAAUAGUGCCACUCCCAGGGCCAAGCAUAUUCAAACCACCACAGGCUGUGUGGGUGAUCACAUGUGGUGGGCUCCCUGUAACACUAAAAGUCCACCAGUAUGCACAUAGGUGAGGGUUAUCUUGCUAGUUCUGGAGUAAUGAGAACUACGACUAGGUGUUAGUGCUGGAGAAAUGAGGAACGCAUCCUGGUAUAAGUACAUUGGUGUGCAUUCCAAGGAGUCCACAACGAAUCAAGGACUUCCAGGUUCAAACGUCUUCCACAGAAAACCGGUUUGGAGGCCGGGGAACCCAGGCUCUGUACUUGUUUGAAUUGCUGUGACCCUCCAAAGCGAGAGGUCAUACAUAAUGAGAGAUUGACCUAGACCCAGGCUAAAAGAUUUACAGCCCUGAGAGUGGAGAAAGAGAUUUGCAGAAAGCCAAGCCGUGUGAAAAUGGGGGUGGAGACACGUAGGUUUCGCACCUCUGCCACUGACUGCGCCAGGCUUCAGAACGCCAACCCAGCCCUGGCCCACGGGGCGGAGAUGCUGGGCGGGCUGGGCAGCACUUCGCUGUAACGCGAGCCGGGUUACGGCGGAAGGGCUGCCGGGCGGAGAGAAGGGGGAGGCCGCGCGCUGCAGGACUAAGGCCAGGCGUUCCAGGAGGUGGCCUCGAGUGGAGCCUGAGAAGACUCUUGAGGCACCAGAAGAAGACUACGGAAGACCGGGAGCGCUCCGAGCUUCCAGGGAGCUAGGGAGCUAGGGAGCGCGGGAGCGCGGGGGCGGUCCACGCGGCCGCAAGAGAGGCGGGACCCACACUCCGCGUCCACUCGAAUGCCUUCUGCCUCUCUUGACCAUACCGCCCCGCCAACCCCCGGGGCCCCUGCAGACCCGAUCCGGAAACAGCCGAGCGGAUCCGGAAACAGCCGAGCGGACCCGGAAGCGGGAGUGCCAUCACCAGUGAGUGCGGGAAUCCGCCGUUUGGGCUGAGACGAUGGCAGCUGCGCCAGCAGCCCUAGCGCUGGAUCCCCAGCCCCAAGAGGAGCAAAAGGAUGCAUCCGAAUCAAGUGAGCUCAGUAGGCUUCGUGCCGAACUGGCCGGUGCACUGGCAGAAAUGGAAACCAUGAAGGCUGUAGCUGAGGUGAGCGAGAGCACCAAGGCAGAGGCGGUGGCUGCAGUGCAGAGACAGUGCCAAGAGGAGGUGGCUUCCCUGCAGGCCAUCCUGAAAGACUCCAUCAGCAGCUACGAGACCCAGAUCGCAGCCCUGAAACAGGAGCGGCAGCAGCAGCAACAGGACUCUGAGGAGAAGGAGCGAGAGCUGGGCCACCUCAAACAGCUGCUGGCCCGGGCCCACCCUUUGGACUCCUUGGAGAAGCAAAUGGAAAAGGCUCACGAAGACUCAGAAAAGCUUCGGGAGAUCGUGUUGCCCAUGGAGCAGGAGAUUGCAGAGCUGAAGGUGAAGCUGCUGAGGGCGGAAGAGCUGAUCCAAGAGAUCCAGAGACGACCAAGGCAGCCUGCCUCCCUGCAUGGCUCCACAGAGUUGCUUCCACUAUCAAGGAACCCCUCACCACCACUGGAACCCUCGGAGGAACCAAGUGGAGACGCAGGCCCAGCUGCUGAGGCCUUCGCCCACAACUGUGAUGACAGUGCCUCCAUCUCUUCCUUCUCCCUCGGUGGGGCCGCCGGUAGUGUCUCCCUACGAGGUCCCCAAGGCCUCAGCCCUGAGCAGGAAGAGACAGCUUCUCUGGUGUCUACUGGCACUCUGGUCCCCGAGGGCAUCUACCUACCCCCUCCGGGGUACCAGCUUGUUCCAGACAGCCAGUGGGAGCAACUGCAGGUAGAGGGGCGGCAGCUGCAGAAGGAGCUGGAAAGUGUCCGCCGUGAGCGGGAUGAACUGCAGGAAGGACUGAGCCGGAGCAAUGAGGACUGUGCCAAGCAGAUGCAGGUGCUCCUGGCCCAGGUCCAGAACUCAGAGCAGCUGCUCCGAACUCUGCAGGGAAUCGUGAGCCAGGCCCAGGAGCGGGUGCAGCGGCAGAUGGCAGAACUGGCCACUUCUCACAAGUGCCUGAGCCAAGAGGUUAAAAGACUGAAUGAAGAAAAUCGAGGACUCCGGGCUGAGCAGCUGCCAUCCUCCGCCCUCCAGGGCUCAGAGCAGCAGGAGGACCAGGACGAGGCCCUGCCAAGCUCCAUACAGGAGCUACACCAGCUGGUGCGGCACACCCGGCAGCAGGCUCGGGCCAGGCAGCAGGCACAGGAGCAUGAGGCUGAGCGCCUGCGCAUUGAAAUUGUGAAGCUGCGGGAGGCACUAGACGAGGAGACAGCAGCCAAGGCCAGUCUGGAGGGACAGCUGAGGGUGCAGCGAGAAGAGACAGCCUCCCUGUGCAGCCUGAGAAUAGAGACAGAGCGGGUCCAACAAGAGCAUCACAAGGCCCAGCUCACAGAUCUCCUCUCCGAACAGAGAGCCAAGGCACUACGGCUGCAGGCUGAGCUGGAGACCAGUGAACAGGUGCAGAGGGACUUCGUACGGCUGUCCCAGGCCCUACAGGUGCGCCUGGAGCAGAUCCGCCAAGCAGACACUCUGGAGCAAGUACGUAGCAUUCUGGACGAGGCACCCCUCAGGGACAUUAAGGACAUUAAGGACUCGUGAGGGGCCAGGCGAGAGGCCUCCCUGCUGGGGAAGCUGCCCCAUUCUCUACCAGAACUGUGAGGUGUGGACUGCAGGUCUCAGAAUGGAGUCCGUCAGCUGCAAACCUGGACAGUGGUGUCCCGGGCCACUACUUCCACCCAGGGUGGCUGGCCCUGCCCUCAGGGAUGAUACCUGGAAGAGGGUCCUAGCCUCCUCCCAGAACCAAAGCUUUCAGGCUGCCAUGCUCCCUCAUGGAUCCAGUUCUCCCACCCCAUCACCUCGGGCCAGCAGCCAGUCCCACUCUCUGCGUACCCAGCUUAUGGCUAGAAGCUGUUGGAUUCAGUGGCUCCUCACAUAGAGGCCCUGGGACACACAGCUGCUUUCUGGACUGUAUGACACUAAGGUUUUUGUCCAUAGGUACCCGAAAUAGGCCCCAAGACAUAAGGAAGCAAGGCCAGACUUUUCUGUCAUUUAUUUUCAAUAAAUAAGCAGUCAGCUA